GUUAUUCAAAGGAUUUUAGACAUUAAGGAGAGGAAUAAACAGAUGAGCCUCUUUAAACAAAUGACUAGAUCUGAAGUGUAAGAAAAUUGAACGUAUUGUUCUUGAGUGUUAUUUAGUCAUAUGGAUGUAACAAACAGAAACAGUAUUAUGUUAUGUUGGUGAUCAAAUAUUCGGAUAACUUGUGCAAGUAUGGCCCUCAUGAAGCGCUGGUUCCGAGUUCUAUCCCAAUGUGGAGGCCGGCGGCCGCACCUGUUGAUAAUCAGUGUUCUAGGAGUGAAUGUUUUAUUUCUUAUGAUUAUGGAGACGAAAUACUCAAUCAGAGGUUCGACUGUACUGUGUGAUACACCAUUCUCAGUUGAAAAUAGCGGCGGUUUGACUAACGGUUUGGUAGAAGAUAACUCGGGGGCUAAUUCGUCGCUUUUACUGGAAGGACUAAGGGAGAGAAUCAGCCAAGCGAGGAUAACUCUGGAGGAGUUUUAUGCAGGCAAAGCAACCGGGAACCCGCUGAUAGACGGGUAUGGGAGGAACAACCUGUCGGCCCCAGGGGAGAUGGGGUUGGCUGUCAGACCCAGGGAGGACGAGAAAGACGAGGUGGACAAGGUCAUGGCCGAAUUCCAUAUCAACACCUUGGUCAGUGACCGGAUACCACUCAACAGGAUGGUGCCAGACUCACGCUUGAAGGGCUGUGACCUGUUGAAAUAUGCCCCCGAGAAUCUGCCCACGGCGUCCGUCAUAGUGCCCUUCUACAACGAAUGGCCGUCCCUUCUCGUCCGCACCAUCUACAGCAUCAUCAACAGGACGCCGAGACGCAACUUAAAGGAAAUUAUUCUAGUCGACGAUGCCAGUACUUUAGAGGCUCUCCACCGGCCGUUGGUAGACUACAUUGACCAGAACUUCCCACAAGGGUUGGUCAAGCUCAUCCGUAUAGCCGACCGUAAAGGUCUGACAAAGGCGCGCAUGCGCGGAUGUGAUGCGGCCACAGGCGACGUUGUUGUUUUCUUCGACAGUCAUAUGGAGGUGAACAUUGAUUGGCUACAGCCAAUGCUGACCGAAAUCGCCAAGGACCGUAAAACCGUUGCCAUGGCCACGCUGGACUACGUCCAGGCCGACACGUUCGAGUACCGGUACAACCACGACUACCUGACCAGGUACGGCUGGACCUGGACGCUGGGGUUCUUCGAGUCGCUCUUCAGGGAUGACCAGAUUGGGAAGGACGAGCGGAGCCCGCGGGUAGGCGCCUCUAUGGUGGGAGCAGCUUUUGCUGUGGAGAGGAACUACUUCAUGGAGCUAGGCGGGUAUGACGACGGUAUGAUCAUCUGGGGCGGGGAGAACCUGGAGAUGACAUGGCGAGUCUGGCUAUGCGGGGGUCGUCUGAUUCACGUGCCGUGUUCCAGGAUAGGUCACGUGGCACGGUCUCAGCCGUAUUCGUUCCUGGUGGGCCGGCAGUACAUCGAGCACUUCAACUACAAGCGGGCCGCGGCGGUCUGGAUGGGCGACUACAUCCGGUUUCCUUAUGCUAUAUUUCCGGACAUGAAGAAUCUCGAUGUUGGUGACUUAAGUGAGAGACUGGCCCUGAAAACAAAACUUGGAUGUAAAGAUUUUAGUUGGUAUCUUCAGAACAUUUGGCCAGAGUUGAAUGUCUACGAUGAGAACUCCACCAUUUGGGGGCAGGUACGCAACCAGCACAGUGACCUUUGUUUAGACACGGACAACCAUCUCUACCAGUAUGACGCACCACUGGCGAUCAAAGCUUGUGAUAAACCCAUCUACAUUCAGGGCUUCACGUUGAAAACCAACGGCCUGCUGAUGGCCACGCUCCAGUGUGUCGUCAGUCACGACCCUAAAGAAAGGGCAAAGGUCAACCUGGGAGAGUGCUCACUUCAACACGACACCUGGUCCUACACACAGGAGAAACAACUGGUGCACACCAAGUCAUCUCUCUGUAUGGAGCACCGACCUGAUGGAGUGAUUUUAAAUCUAUGUACCAAGGAACGGGCCUCACAGAAAUGGAUAUUUCAACAGUACAGUCUAGGAUAACAUUCGUGAAAUGUAGUUAUUUUGUUGGUGAGGUUCUGGGUGCUUUUGAAUGUUGGUAUAGUUUAGAAUAACAACUUUUCAAAAUUUUGAAUGUUGGGUUGGUGAUGUCUAAGAGAUUUGUGAAUGUAAGGAAUUUUAUUGGCGUGGUUUGGGUGGGAUAUUUGUGUAAGUUGGAUUUUGGAUAUUUUAUUGGAAAAGAUUGGGAUAUUUGUGUAAGUUGGAUUUUGGAUAUUUUAUUGGAAAAGAUUGGGAUAUUUGUGUAAGUUGGAUGUUUGAUAUUUUAUUAGCACGGUUUGGGAUAUUUGUGUAAGUUGGAUUUUGGAUAUUUUAAUGGGAAAGUUUGAGAUAUUUGUGUAAGUUGGAUGUUUGAUAUUUUAUUGGCACGGUUUAGGACACUUGUGAAAGCUGAAUGUUAUUUUAUUGGCACGGAUUGGGAUGUUUGUGUAAGUUGGAUUUUAGAUGUUUAACUGUUGUGGACAAAAAUAUUUGUGAAUGUUGACAUUGAUAUGAUAUUUGUGACAUUUAUCGUUACAAAUGAUAAUAAUAUUGUUGAAUUUUGAAGUAUGAUUUUUUUG